GGGAUAGAGAAACAGUGUUAAAGUGCACACACUCUCAACACAUAACCCUGUGAAUCAUAUAUAAAGGGGAGUGAGAGAGAGGAUAAAAAAUAAAUGGAAUGGAGGAAUUAUUAUUUGGAUAUGGUGCUUGUUCCAUUAGGAUUUCUCUUAACCAUUGCUUAUCAUGUUUGGUUGUGGCAUAAGACUCGCACAGAGCCCUUUUCCACCACAAUUGGAACCAAUGCUCAUGCUCGACGCUUCUGGGUGCCUACCAUGUUAAAGGACAUUGAAAAGAAGAACAUCUUAGUAGCUCAAAGUCUUCGUAAUCUUAUCAUGGGAUCAACUCUUAUGGCCACAACCUCUAUUCUUCUCUCAGCUGGUUUGGCAGCAGUUAUAAGCAGCACUUACAGUGUGAAAAAGCCUCUUGAUAAUCUUGUCUAUGGAUCUCACAAUGAAUUCAUGGUAGCACUCAAAUAUGUGACACUCUUGACAAUAUUCUUGUUCUCAUUUUUCUGCCACAGCCAAUCAAUAAGGUUCCUCAAUCAGUUGAUCAUCCUCAUUUGCACCCCACAAGAUGCCAUGUCCUUGGUGACUCCAGAAUAUUUAACUGAGAUUUUGGAGAAAGGAACGAUUUUGAACACUGUGGGAAACAGGAUAUUCUACUCAGCACUCCCUCUUUUGCUUUGGAUCUUUGGUCCAGUGCUGGUUUUCUUGUGCUUCAUAGCUAUGUUACUAGUGUUUUACAACCUUGACUUUGUUUGUGGAAGCGUGAAAGCAAAGAUGGUGCUGAAUGAUAAAAGUGACUUUGCAUGAUUUAUUAAGUCAUGUCUAAAGAUGCAUUUGGAGGAGUUAAUCAACAACUUAUGAAAGUAAUUUGUCAUUUUUAUAAUUUUUUUAAAUUUUAUUUUAAUAAGUUAGUAUAAUUUAUUAAAAUUAAUAAACUUUAUGAUUAAAUUAUAACGUGAUUUUUAUAUUAAAUAAUUAUUUAAUUACACUAUGUCUUAAAACACGUAUUUAGAUAAACUUAUUUUGAAAAAUAAUAAUUUAUUUUCACAGUUCUGUGAGAUAGCUUAAAUAAGAAACAAUAUUUAUGCUAAAAAUAAUCCUAUCCAAACAUGCACAGAGACCAUGGAAUAGAUUAGAUCAAUGUGUAUGUGUCAUCAUGCGUAUGUCUUGUUUCCAACUUUAUGUUGCAAAAAAGUAGUAGUAUUUUACUCUUACAAGUAACAAGCGCAUGCAGAAGCGCUUUAUUGAAAUAAGGAUAAUUCAAAUGACUUUUUGCUCAUAAAUGGCUUUGAAUAUGAUU